CGGGUGAACCCGAAUCCAUUGCUAUCUUUCAAUUCAAGCUUUGCCCGUUUGUUCACGGAGACUUAAAACAGAAGUUGAGAUCGCUUCACAGUUCUUUCUCUUCUUCAUAGAUCUCUACCCAUCGCAUUCUCAGCUCAAUAUAUCAAUUUAUCAUCAGCUGAAAAUGGCGGCCGUCGCAGUUCACCAGUUCGCUCAGUGCAUCACUUGCCAUGCUUGGAGUCCCGAUCAAUCCAUGGUAGCAUUUUGCCCAAAUAAUAAUGAGGUUCACAUUUAUAAAUUGGUGCAAGACAAGUGGGAGAAAGUUCAUGCUCUUCAGAAGCAUGAUCAACUUGUUUCUGGGAUAGACUGGAGUGAGAAGUCAAACAGAAUCGUUUCUGUAUCUCAUGAUCGGAAUUCAUAUGUUUGGAACCAAGAAGGACCAGAGUGGGUACCAACUCUCGUCAUCCUUAGGCUCAAUCGUGCUGCACUUUGUGUUCAGUGGAGCCCCAAAGAAAACAAGUUCGCUGUUGGAAGUGGUGCUAAAACUGUAUGCAUCUGCUAUUAUGAGGGAGAUAAUAACUGGUGGGUAAGCAAAGUAAUCAGGAAAAAGCAUAAUUCCUCUGUCACAAGUGUUGCUUGGCAUCCUAAUAAUAUUCUACUUGCUACAACAUCCACAGAUGGUAAAUGCCGAGUAUUUUCUACAUUUAUCAAAGGUGUUGAUGCAAGGGAAUCAAAAACAGGCACUUCUUCAGAUCCAAAGUUUGGAGAGCAAAUAGUUCAGCUUGAUCUGUCAUCUUCAUGGGCAUUUGGGGUGAAUUGGUCGCCAAGUGGCAGUACUUUGGCUUACGUAGGUCAUAAUUCUAUGAUUUACUUUGUUGAUGAUGUUGGUCCUUCCCCUUUGGCCCAGAAUGUUGCAUUCCGUUAUUUGCCUCUUCGUGAUGUCCUAUUUGUUUCUGAGAAACUGGUCAUAGGCGUGGGAUUUGACUGCAAUCCAAUGGUUUUUGCAGCAGAUAAAUCAGGGUUAUGGAGCUUUAUCAGAUUCUUAGGUGAAAGGAAAGAAUCUUCAUCAGGUCCAAAAUCUGGUUCUCAGUUUUCUGAAGCAUUUGGCAAAUUUUAUGGUCAAUCAAGGCAGGGAUUGAGCAAUGAUACAGUUGAACCUUCUAAGAUUCAGGGAGCUGCUCAUGACAACUGCAUCAAUUGUAUUGAACUUCUAAAACAAAAAGGUAUUAAAACAAAGCGCUUCAGCACCUCAGGAAUGGACGGGAAAGUGGUAAUCUGGGAUCUGGAAAACCAGCAAGAUCUUAUGGAGUAUCUCUAAGUGUGUCGUGAAUUUUUUUUCACUCGUUUGGUCAGGUAACAGAAUGCAAUAAUAGUGAAGCAUGUGGUAUAUAUAUACACACACAUAUAUGUUGUGUGUUGAUGAUAUUUCAUCUGAUUCUGAAAUCUUAGAUUUAAUACAUUAUUAGAUUUCUUUUUUGUGUUUGAUUCAGUGCAGCGGGACAUUAGUUCAGAACUCUGCAAUGCAUAUUAUGUUUGUGCUUUUC